GGUUGGCAUAUUUGAUAUUUUGAUCAUACGCUGACAACCAUAAACUAUAGUUUAGGUAAUUGAACGCAAGAUUCAUAUGAUGCCGGAGUCAUAUUUAUAAGUAAAAAUUUUAAAAUCCAUCAAGCAGCUGGUGCUGCUUAUGGUGCUAGAAUACAAGCUACUAGAAUUUUGAACACAUCCCUCAUCUGCAUAAAACUAUCAAUCACAUUUUCCAGCAGCAAGCAUGCCAGCAGCAUCAGGAGACAAUUGGAACCUGUAUACCCAUUAACGAGGAAUGUAGAGAAAUGGAUGCAAAUUAUAAUUUCAAUGAUUGUACACCAGAUAGGUAGUAGAUUACUGUCAAAAAAAAAAUCAGCGGCUACCUGAAGGAUCAUGAUCAAGACCUUGAAGGACUGUGACCAUCACCCUUUGGCCUGCUUGACCUCGGUGCAUGGUCCAUCUCAUCAUGGGGACCCCAACCACUCCCCCUUGGACUUGGGGACCUAUAGCUUGACCUAUAUUCCCUCUCAUCACGUGGAGAAUACGACCUUGAAACUGAUCUAGAACGCCUGUGAGAGUGAUAAUCAUCUUUCACUACACGAUCUCCUGAAACAGAUCUAGAUUGCCUGGGAGAGUGAUAAUAAUCUCUUACUCGAACCCUGUCUCAAGUAUUAACAGAAGACAGACGUUAGAAACUUUAGCUUGACUUACAUCACAUGUACAAAGACUACUAGGGGAAGAUACAAUCAGCUCAAAGAAUUACCACUAGAAACAAUGCAUUAAAAAGUGAAACACUUCACAAACCCUGUGUGAAUAAAACAGAUGACACACUAAGCGAGGCAAAAUUUUUAGCCUACAUUCUCAUACAAAUCAAUUAAAUAAAAUAUUGACUACUAUUACCUGCACCUUCCAGGUUUCAUAACAAAAUUAUAAGAGCUGGAACCAAAUAUUGUGAGAGUUAAGCUCUCUAAUGUUGUGCUGGUGGAUCAGCAUCUGACUCCAUAGCUCUAUGCCUCAACUUUCUAUAACCUCAUAUUAUCUUUUUUCUUGGACAAUGCCAACAAACUUCUACCAGUAAAACUUUGAUAGCCUUCCAUUGUAUGAAGAUGAUUCUUUCUUUGACCAAAGAUAAGCUCUAUGUUCUUUCUUAACUGGAUAGUAUAUGCAAAAGAAGAUAUUAAGCUUAACAAAUUUCUUAUCAAAAGAUUACUUAAAUGUUAAGAUUAAAUGGAAAACAUUAGGUACCCCUCUGACUCUUUUGAUCCCACAACAAGUUUAGUCAGUCAGUUCUUUCAAUGACAGCAUGCCUCACAAACCAAGAGUAAAAGAAUAGGAUUCCUCGCAAUUUGUGGACAAUAUCUGGUGAAGAUGGAAUUUGACAACACUAAUGGAGAAGCUUUGACAGAAAGAUAAUCAUGUCCAUCACUUUAUGAUCACUUUUCUCUUUAAUCUUUAUUUACCCAGAAGUCUUUAAAGUCUCCCUCUUUUCACUUUACUAUCUGCAUAAACAAGGCCA